UAAACAUGUAUAUUUCUUUGUUUACUCAUAGUCACUUAGAUCAGACAUCAUAUAGGAAGGGAUAGUUUUACAACAGAAAUGUAAUAUAGAAAAAUUAAAUCAAUUCUUUACCAGCUUUUAUCAAAUAUUAAAAACAUGGAUUUUAAUUCAUAAGGAUAAAACUUAAAUCUUUUUUUUCAAACUACAGUGAAAACUUACUAUAACAAUAUGGAAGGACAAAAUACAGUUUUAUUUGUUUUCGUUAUAAGUGUUCUUUUUUCCACCUGUGGCGCAGCCUCUUUCUAUGUGAUGGAAGAUGGAGAAACAUUUCGUGUUAAACGGGAGACUGCAACUACAGUGAAUACCAAUCUUGUUGACGGUAGAGACAUUGCCGGUGUGAGGGACGGUUCGGAUAUUCUAGCUAAAGACACUAAUCCAGCUUUAAGUGCAAUUGAUGGCUCUGAUAUUGUUAAUAAAGAUUUGAAGGCUGACCUUAAAGGUGUGGACGGUCAAGAUAUAGCCGGAAUUAGAGACGGUACCGAUAUCAUUCUCUCUGACACAAAUCAAGGACUUAACACUGAGAGAAAAUUAAACGACACACAACAAGAAGUUACAGAGGUAAUUCCAAAAGUCAUAAAUCUAUUACCAACAAAUGAAGGUUCAGAAAAAACUGCUGUUGUAGAGAAUGUUGAAACCAUUCCUGAAGUCAUUAACCAAGCACCAAUCAACGAGGCCAAAGAAAAACCUGCCACUGUGGAAAAAGUUGAAGCAAUGCAUGAUCCCUCAAACCACGCACUAAUCACAGACGGAACGGAAAAAACUACUACUGUUAUUGACAACCAAGAUCCAAAUUUCUUAUCAACAAAAACACCUGAUGCACAAAAUUCAGAUAUAAAGACAAAUCCUUAUCUUUUAUCAUACUUCUCUAGCCAAGGAAAUCACCAAAAUAAUGAAAACAGUUACCACAGCAACCAAGGUGAACAUUACGCGACUACUUCACCUGACCCUGAAGGUCACGAAACAACACCAGAACCAGAGCAACAUGAAACAACACCAGAACCAGAACAACAUGAAACAACCACACCGGAUUCCGAGCAACACGAGACAACCACACCGGAUCCUGACCAGCCCGUCCAGCCAUCAUGGAGGAGAGGUUGGUACAAUCCUCUAUUUAUGACACACCCAGGAGAGCUCCCUCCGAUGGCCUUACCAAUGACUGCCCCUAGAAGCGGAGACAAACCAGUGGCUCUUGCACUCACCUCCCAUGGAGAUAAACCAGAGGCUCUUGCACUAACCUCCCACUCCUCAGAGAAUCAUAGAGGACAAGCAUCAUCUGAACAGAAACCAGAACAAACUGGUGGUACAGAGGGAACAUAUAACGCAGAAAAUACUAUCCACACGUACCAUGGAUCCUCAGAGUCAUCAGUAGUUCAUGAUAUGCCAGUAGCUCUAGCACUGACAAGCCAUUCUGAAGGACAAGAACACAGUGCUCCUGUUGCAAUGGCACAAAAAGGCUUUGCUCCAAGUAGUACAGAAAGAAGAAAGAAAGCAGGCACAUUUACUGGUGUGGGUAAAAAACCUGCUGCUGCUGGCCAAAAAGCAUUUAGUGGAGCAGGAAAAGCGCGCCCCCCUCCUAAAUGGGGCCCCAAACCCCUACCAGCAACAGAUUCUCCAUACACGACCACUCCUCCUUGGGCGACCACUGUAGGUCAGGGAGGAGCCGCCCCGGAAUCUGCAGGCGGUGGGAAUAGCUUGAUGAAUAACAUGAUGGCCAUGAAUAUGAUGGGUGGUGGUGGCCCAGGGGGUGAUAUGUUCUCAGAGAUGAUGGAAAUGCAGAGAAGAAUGAUGCGGAAUAGUCCACA